CAGAACUCCCUCUCUCUCUCUCUCUCUCGAUUCAGAGAUGGCAGCUUAUUCCGCCGUGGUGUCCUUAGAGAAGCAUCUGAAGUAGCUCCUGGAGUCCGACCAAUCCCCUCUCCACGAUCAAAAGCCACACCUCCAAUCCUUGUACAAUACCAUCUCCACCUUGCGAAAAUCCGUCGAAACGAUCUUCCCCGCCCCCAAACAACACCGCCAAACCGCAGCCGCCCUCGCAACCCUAAUCCGAGACGCAAUCUACCACGCGCAAGACGCGCUCGAUUCCUUCCUCUCCGCCAAAUCCCCCACCUUCUCCUUCCCACCAAUUACACAAACAAUCCACCCCAUCGCAAAUCAGGCGCAGUCGCUCGCCGAUUCAAUCCGCAAACAGAAACCACUCCUAGGCGCCGCCACCGCGGCCGAUAUCCCUCCGCCGCCCCGAUCCUACCUCGUCACCCGCACAUUCCGGAUCGUAGGGCAGGAGAGAGACAAGCAGCUCCUCAUCGAAGAGCUGGUCAGCGAUGUACACCAGCUCCAAAUCGUCCCCAUCAGCGGGAUGGCCGGCAUCGGUAAGACUACUCUCGCUCGAAGCCUUUACGACGAUCGUCACAUUAUGAAUAGCUUCCAUUUUCGCGCUUGGGUCACUGUAUCCCAGGAUUACCACGUCGGUGAUAUUUUAGCUAGAUUGUUAAAUUCAAUGGACAAAAAGGGUCAGAAAGCCGUAGAGAGAGUGUACGAAGGCAGCGAUGAUUUGAUGCUCAGGGUUGAUGUUCAUCAGAGAUUGUACGAUCACAAAUAUCUCGUUGUAAUUGAUGAUAUGUGGGAUAAUGCUACUUGGGAUAGUUUGAAGAAUUCGUUUCCGGAUAACAAAAACGGAAGUCGAAUUGUUCUCACUACGAGAGUCGAGUCCAUAGCUGAAACUGCCAAAUCCUCUACAUUUUGCCAUAAGAUGCAGACUCUAGAUGAAGAAAAUAGCUGGAUUUUGCUCUGUGACAGGGCGUCUGAAGGGAAGCCAUCCCCUCCUCACUUGGAGAAGAUCGGUAGAGGGAUCGCCAGCAAUUGUCAAGGCCUUCCUCUCUCUCUAACCGUCAUCGGUGGUCUCCUCUCUCAAGAGAGGCAGACGGAGGAGUACUGGCAGACCAUCGAGGAGGACACGAACGCUGCAGCUGCGAAAGGCAAAGAGGCCUACUUGGAGAUUCUGCUUUUGAGCUACAAUCACUUGCCCUGUCAACUCAAGGGAUGCUUCCUUUAUUUGGGAGCUUUUCCUGAAGAUAGUGACAUCCCUCUCUCUAAACUGUCAAAGCUAUGGAUUGGAGAGGGACUUCUGGUGGAAACCGAGCGCCAGGGGAGGCUGGAGAAGGUCGCGGAGGAUUACUUGGUGGAUCUCACUCAGAGGAAUCUGAUCACAGUUCGCAAGAUUAGUUCAAGUGGGAGGAUUAAGACUUGUGGAUUGCACGACAGUCUGCGCGAUCUAGCUGUGAAGGAGUCAGGGACGGAGAAGUUCUUUCACUCUGUAAGGAGGUAUGCAAACGCGCAAAUAUUAGAGGAA